ACCUUUGUCGCAAUUAAACUAACCCCUACAGCAAUGCAGGUAAACCCUUAAACCCUAGCGCCCAAAUUCGCAGCUCCCUAAGCUUCACUUCUCCGCUCUUCGCUUUCUUCAGAUCGGUUUAGUCUUCAAUUUGCAAUUAUGUCGUUGCUUGAUGUGAUCACCAAGGCGGCUUCGGUGAAUUCGGAAGUAGUUUCAACCCAGUUAGAAUACCCAAUUGUUCUAAACUCAGAUGACAUUUUUCUCAAAUUGAAGCCAAAUCCGGAAACCCUAAAUCCUACAUCACUCGCUACUCCGGUUAUCGGGUGGCAACUUGCAGAAUCUGAUACCCAUCUCAUUGAAUUGGGUAAAAAGUUUCAUUCGAAGCUCAAGAGGAAACUUAAAGACACUAACCAUUUUAAUAAAGAUGAGUUUUGUGAAAUUUUGAACUCUUAUCUUAAGAAAAUUGGAGACAAAGUUGGGAUUUCAACUGGUUUAAGCUCGUCGGAUGAUGGGUAUAGCCGGGCCUUGAUUGAAAAGAUUGGAUUUUUGAUGGGUCGAGAUGUUGCUGGUUUGGUUCUGGAUGCUUGUGUUAGUUUAGAGGCAUGGGAUUUGGUUGAAACUUUGAUUGUUAAAGGGCUUGUUGAUUAUUCUUGUUACUCGAAUUUGGUUACCAGCCUUGUAGCAAAAAAGAGGUCUGAUUUGCUUGUUUUGAGUAUUAAACAUGCAACUGAUCUUGGAUUGUCUGACUUGCUUCGCAUUUUGAAAUUUUUUCUCCGUCCAUCGAAAGAGGCGUAUAGUACUAUGGAAAAUGUAAGAAAGGAAUGGGAGAGCCAGGCAUUAUCGGCUAUCGAGAUGCUGAAAAACAAGAACAUUUCGGAUAAGAAACAGCGCAUAGCUAAGGAGGCUGCAAUUUUGCUUAUGCUUGCUCAUGAUGGAUUCUCAACAUCUGAGCUAUGUCUACAUUAUUUGUUGGCUUCGGUCAAUAUUGAUGAAGUUAUAUUAUCAUCUUCAAUCCGUAAACUGAGCGGUGAAGAGAUGAUGAGUUUGAUUAGGUACCUGGGAAAAUGGUUGAAGAAAUAUGAAACGUUUCCACAGGCAGGGCCGUGUCCUAAGGCUUCUUCUACACUGGAUUUGAAGGCUUGUGAUUGGGUUCCUAAACUUGAUGAUAUUGUUAAAUGUCUUGGGUUGGUGCUGGAUGAGAACUUCUCGUCUCUGGUCUUGCAUUCGGAGUUCCAUGAAGAGGUGAAAGUGAUUGAAAAAAUGGUUAGUUCCCUAGCUUUAGAAUCCAAAUUUUGUUGCUCUGUGGCAUAUGUAGUUGAGAAUUUGAAAACUAAUAGUUUAGGUGAACAAAAUUAGGAGAUGUGACUGCUACAGUCUCUGAUUCAUAGUUCAUUGAUAAUUUUGGUGUAACGACAGUUGUAAUUCUAUAAUUUUUGGAUAAGAGUUAAGUUCACAACUCUUUUGUUA